CUCGGCGGCGGCGGAGCGGCAGGAGCAGCGGCGCCGAGCCGGGCUGUGCGGUGCGGCGCGGGGAGCAGCGGCGGCAGAGCAGGAGCAACAUGGCGCCGGUGGGCGGGGGCGGGCGCCCGGCCGGCGGGCCGGCCCGAGGGCGCCUCCUCCUGGUGGCGCUGGUGCUGCUGUGGGCACGGGGGGCCCGGGGCCAGGGCGACCUCCAGCGGGCCACAAUCCUGGGCAUGAGGCUGGCGAGCUGCAACAAGUCGUGUGGGAUAAACUCGGAAGGCAUCAUCUUCGUGUCCGAGGGCAGCACUGUGAACCUGAGGCUGUACGGCCAAAGCCUGGGCUCCAUCUCCAGCAACCUGAUCUCCUUCACCGAGGUGGACGACUACGGGACUAACCACAACUCCACCAAUUGCCCGGAGCUCACCAAGGACCUGGUCGUCCAGCAGCUAGUCAAUGUGAGCCGCGGGAACACGUCCGGGAUGCUGGUGGUGCUCACCAAGUUCCUCCGGAGGAGCGAGAACAUCAAGCUCUAUGCAUUGUGCACUCGGGCUGGGGUGGAUGGGCCCUGGCAGAGGUGGACAGACAAAGACUCCCUGCUCUUAAUGGUGGAGGAGGCCGGAAGGUUCCUGCCCCUCUGGCUGCACAUCCUCCUUAUUAUGGUGCUGCUAGUGCUGUCGGGCAUGUUUUCUGGCCUCAAUCUGGGGCUGAUGGCUCUGGACCCUAUGGAACUGCGCAUCGUGCAGAACUGUGGCACUGAGAAGGAGAAGCGCUAUGCCCGCAAGAUUGAACCCAUCCGUCGCAAAGGCAACUACUUGCUUUGCUCUCUGCUCCUGGGAAAUGUAUUGGUCAACACCUCCCUCACCAUCAUUUUAGAUAACCUCAUUGGCUCUGGCCUUAUGGCAGUGGCCUCCUCCACCAUUGGCAUUGUCAUCUUUGGGGAGAUUGUACCCCAGGCCCUAUGUUCCCGGCAUGGGUUGGCUGUGGGUGCCAACACCAUUAGUGUCACCAAAUUCUUUAUGCUGCUCACCUUCCCCCUCAGUUUCCCCAUCAGCAAGCUCCUGGACUGUAUUCUGGGCCAAGAGAUUGGCACCGUUUACAACCGGGAGAAGUUGAUGGAGAUGUUAAAGGUGACCGAGCCCUAUAAUGAUCUUGUGAAGGAGGAGCUUAAUAUGAUCCAGGGUGCCCUGGAAUUACGGACCAAAACCGUGGAAGAUAUCAUGACCCAGCUUCAAGACUGCUUCAUGAUCCGCAACGAUGCCAUCCUGGACUUCAAUACUAUGUCAGAGAUUAUGGAAAGUGGCUAUACCCGCAUCCCUGUGUUUGAAGACGAGCAAUCCAAUAUUGUAGAUAUUCUCUAUGUCAAAGACUUGGCCUUCGUGGACCCUGAUGACUGCACCCCCCUCAAGACCAUCACCCGCUUCUAUAACCAUCCCGUCCAUUUUGUUUUCCAUGACACCAAGUUGGAUGCCAUGCUGGAGGAGUUCAAGAAGGGGAAGUCCCACCUGGCCAUCGUGCAGAAGGUGAACAACGAGGGUGAGGGUGACCCCUUCUAUGAGGUCCUGGGCCUGGUCACCCUGGAGGACGUCAUUGAGGAGAUCAUCAAGUCUGAGAUCCUGGACGAGUCGGACAUGUACACUGACAAUCGAAGCCGGAAACGGGUAUCUGAGAAGAAUAAGCGAGAUUUCUCAGCCUUCAAGGAUACUGACAAUGAACUCAAAGUGAAAAUUUCACCUCAGCUACUUCUGGCUGCUCAUCGCUUCUUGGCCACAGAGGUGCCCCUGUUUAAUCCCUCUCUGGUAUCAGAGAAGAUCCUGCUACGGCUGCUCAAGUAUCCAGAUGUCAUCCAGGAACUCAAGUUUGAUGAGCACAACAAAUUCUACAGCCACCAUUACCUGUAUACCCGAAAUAAGCCUGCUGACUACUUCAUCCUCAUCCUACAAGGAAAGGUGGAAGUGGAGGCUGGGAAGGAGAAUAUGAAGUUUGAGACGGGUGCCUUCUCCUACUAUGGGACCAUGGCCUUGGCAUCAUCCCCCUCUGACCGUUCCCCAUCCUAUCCCACGGUCCUCAGCCGCUCCGCCUCCCUCAGUUACCCGGAUCGUACAGAUGUCACAAGUACCCCACCCAUGGCAGGUGGCAGCAUCCAGUUUGGCAGCUCCAUCCUGGGCCAGUAUAUCUCUGACUUCAGUGUCCGGGCCCUCAUGGACCUACAAUACAUAAAGAUCACCCGACAACAGUACCAGAAUGGGCUGCUGGCCUCACGCAUGGAGAACUGCCCUCAGUUUCCUAUGGAUGGAUGUACAAUCUGCACUGAGAACUUCUCUGAGAAAUCUGAGCUGCCUGUAGUGGACGAGACCACAACUCUUCUCAAUGAACGUAACUCCUUGCUGCACAGAACCUCCCAUGAGAGCGCCAUUUGA